UUUGGAGGAGCAAUAAAAUGCAAAAGCUUAUUUUGGUGAUUUAACAGCUAUCCUGCGCUUCUUGCCUGCUUAACCUACCGUACAGCUCCCGUCCUCUGAAAUUGGGUUCCAUAGAUGAACCAAGCAUUGCAACUAGGUUUUAGAACUUUCAUAAAUCUUUCAAGCUUUCCGGUGGACCCUAGGAAAUUGGGUAUUGGAAGAUUGGCUCCCUUAAGAGGCAAAGUAAUGGGGUCUAAGAGAAGAAGCUUUUCGAAUUCAUCCUCUAUUGCUGGCCAAAACAUUGAUAAAAAACUCAGAGAAGCAAUAGACAACGACAACAACACCAUUUCUGAUAACCCUCUUCUCCAGGAUAUCAAGGAUGAUCCAAGCAAAAUCGAGGCAAUGACGAUUCAACAACUCAGAACGGCAUUGAGGACUGCUGGGAUCCCUCCCAAAGGUUUGAAACGUGAGCUUGUAUCUGCUUUACAGUCUUAUUUGGCCAAGGAAAUAGAUGGUGCAGGUGAAAGUUCUCUUUUAGCAGAUAAACAAGAUCCCUCCUCCAAUUCUGAUAAAAGAAUAUAUAUGAUGAUGGAGACAAAAUCAGUAGAGGACCAAGUUCAGGAUGCUAACAGUUUUUCUAAGGUUUCCAAGGUUCAACAGAGCAGGAGAACUGUAAAACAGUUGCAAAUUAAGGGCAAAACUGUUGAUGUUAAUGCUAAAAUGGUCGCCACUGAGCAGAAGAAAUCUGCUUGUGCUUCAGGUAGGAUGACUUCUUUGACGAAGAAGAAAGCAUCUUCAGAUGUUGAUAGCAAAUACGUUAGUGCCAAAAAUAGAGAUACUCUUCCUGUAAAUCUAAGUGAACCAUGGACUAUUUUGGCCCAUAAGAAGCCUCAAAAAGGGUGGAUAGCAUAUAAUCCUAGAACCAUGAGACGUUCACUUCCUACAGAGAAUACAAAGUUUGUCAAGAUUCUUUCUUGGAAUGUCAAUGGGCUUAGAGCAUUGCUGAAACUAGAGGGAUUCUCUGCUAUGGAACUUGCCAAACAGGAAAACUUUGAUGUAUUGUGUUUGCAAGAAACUAAGCUUCAGGAGAAAGAUGUUGAGUCAAUCAAACAGUCUCUUAUAGAAGGAUACGAGAACAGCUUUUGGGCUUGCAGCAAUACAAGACUUGGUUAUUCUGGAACAGCAAUAAUAUCUCGGAUAAAGCCACUUUCAGUCAGAUAUGGCCUAGGCAUAUCAGAUCAUGAUAGUGAAGGACGGGUUGUGACAGCAGAGUUCGAUUCUUUUUAUUUAUUAAGUGUCUAUGUUCCUAAUUCUGGUGAUGGCUUGAGAAGGCUGACAUAUAGGAUUACAGAAUGGGAUCCAUCUCUUAGUAAUUACAUAAAAGAACUGGAAAAGUCAAAGGCAGUUAUUUUGACGGGGGAUUUUAAUUGUGCACAUGAAGAGAUAGACAUUUAUAAUCCGGCUGGAAACAGAAGGAGUGCUGGGUUUACAAUUGAAGAAAGGCAGUCUUUUAGCACAAAUUUCUUAUCCAGUGGUUUUGUUGACACCUUUAGAAAGCAGAAUCCAGAUGUUGUGGGCUAUACUUACUGGGGUUAUCGGCAUGGUGCACGCAAAGGUAAUAAAGGAUGGAGGCUUGACUACUUCCUUGUCUCAGACGCCAUAGCUGAUGAUGUUCAUGAUUCAUUCAUUCUUCCUGAUGUCAUUGGUAGUGAUCACUGCCCUAUUGGACUUGUACUCAAGCUCUAGUCUGUCUGACCCACUAACAGUGGGGAUCAAUUGGCCAGCCGGUAUGUUGAUGAGACAAGCGCAACAUUUUCUCUUCCAAAACCCAACUUGCUAGAAAGUUCGAUACAAAAAUAGCUGCUGAGCUGCCAACUCUGCCGAAAUUGAUCAUAUCUUAUGCUGAAGUGUUAGCUUUGUCUUUUUUUUUUUUUUUGAAGGGUGAUCUUUGCAGAGGCUGGUGCCCAAAAUCUUGGGCGAGGGUGGAAACUCAAAAGCCAUUAGAACUUAUAUGAGAUUUUCUUAUUACAAUGCAUGGCUUUGAUGAGUUGGUACAAUCUUGUUUAUGGUAAUGAAAAAAUAUAUUUUGCUGCCACAA